AGGAGACAAGAUGGCGGCGGCGCUCAGAAGGCCGGUCUCCUCCUCUCCGCCGUCCUCCGCCCCGCCGCUCGCCGCCUCCUCCUCUCGGGUCUCCUCCUCCUCGUUCGCUGCCUCCUCCUCCUCCUGCAGCAGCACCAGCGACCGCCGAAGCGCCGGCUCGCUCACCCGGAGCUCCGGAGGUGGAUAGACGGGGCAGCUGCAGGCUCCGGCGACCGAGGCCGAGCUGGGGCCGGGGCGGGGACGGCGGCGGCGGCGGCGGCGACGGCGGCGGCGCCGGGUGGGGAUGGGGUCGCAGACGCUGCAGAUCCUCCGACAGGGGGUGUGGGCCGCGCUCAGCGGGGGCUGGUACUACGACCCGCACCAGGCCACCUUCGUGAACGCGCUGCACCUCUACCUGUGGCUCUUUCUGCUGGGCCUGCCCUUCACCCUCUACAUGGCCCUUCCUUCUACCAUGAUUAUAGUAGCAGUUUAUUGUCCUGUGAUAGCUGCUGUUUUCAUUGUUCUGAAGAUGGUCAACUAUCGACUACACAGAGCACUUGAUGCUGGAGAAGUUGUAGAUAGGACUGCAAAUGAGUUCACGGAUCAGCGAACCAAAGCUGAACAAGGCAACUGUUCAACCAGGAGAAAAGACAGCAAUGGACCGAGUGAUCCUGGUGGAGGGAUUGAAAUGUCUGAGUUCAUCCGAGAGGCCACACCCCCAGUUGGUUGCAGUUCCAGAAAUUCUUAUGCCGGUCUAGAUCCAAGCAACCAGAUUGGAUCUGGUUCCUCGCGUCUUGGAACAGCAGCAACUAUUAAAGGAGAUACAGACACUGCUAAGACUUCUGAUGAUAUCAGUUUAAGUCUGGGCCAAAGUUCUAGUCUUUGUAAGGAAGGAAGUGAAGAACAAGAUUUGGCAGCUGAUCGGAAGCUCUUUCGUCUUGUCUCCAAUGACUCCUUCAUCUCUAUUCAGCCUUCCUUAUCCUCUUGUGGACAGGACUUGCCAAGGGACUUCAGUGACAAAGUGAACCUGCCAAAUCAUAACCACCACCACCAUGUUGAUCAGUCUCUGUCCAGCGCCUGUGACACAGAAGUAGCUUCUCUUGUACCUUUACACUCACACUCUUAUAGAAAAGACCACCGGCCGCGAGGUGUACCACGGACUUCUAGCUCUGCUGUGGCUUUUCCAGACACUUCACUGAAUGAUUUUCCCCUUUAUCAGCAAAGACGUGGAUUAGAUCCAGUUAGUGAGUUAGAAUCUUCCAAGCCUCUUUCUGGAUCCAAAGAAUCCUUGGUGGAAAAUUCUGGUUUAUCUGGGGAAUUUCAGCUUGCUGGUGACUUGAAAAUCAAUACUUCUCAGCCACCCACAAAAAGUGGGAAGAGCAAACCUUUGAAAGCAGACAAAAGCAUGGACAGCUUGAGGAGCCUGAGCACACGGAGUAGUGGGUCAACAGAAAGCUACUGCAGUGGAACGGACCGGGACACUAACAGUACUGUCAGCAGCUAUAAAAGCGAGCAGACCAGCUCAACUCACGUAGAGAGCAUCCUGUCAGAGCAUGAGGAGUCUCCUAAAGCAGGAACAAAAAGUGGGAGGAAGAAAGAGUGCUGUGCAGGCCCAGAGGAGAAGAAUAGCUGUGCCAGUGACAAAAGGACUAGCAGUGAAAAGAUUGCUAUGGAAGCGAGUACCAACAGUGGGGUUCACGAGGCCAAGGACCCCACCCCCUCUGAUGAGAUGCACAACCAGAGAGGUCUCAGCACCUUUGCAUCUGAAGAAGCCAAUAAAAAUCCCCAUGCAAACGAAUUUACUUCCCAAGGGGACAGACCACCUGGGAACACUGCAGAAAACAAAGAAGAGAAGAGUGAUAAGUCAGCUGUUGCUGUGGAUUCCAAAGUGCGUAAAGAUGUUGGUGGAAAGCAAAAGGAAGGGGAUGUUCGACCUAAAUCUUCUAGCGUAAUCCAUCGGACAGCUUCUGCCCACAAGUCAGGCAGGAGACGCACAGGAAAAAAACGGGCUAGCAGUUUUGAUUCAAGCCGGCAUAGGGACUAUGUUUGCUUUCGAGGUGUUUCUGGUACCAAGCCACACAGUGCUAUAUUUUGUCAUGACGAAGACUCUAGUGAUCAAAGUGACUUGAGUAGAGCAUCAAGUGUUCAGUCUGCUCACCAGUUCAGCAGUGAUAGCUCUUCUAGCACCGCUUCUCAUUCCUGUCAGUCUCCUGAGGGCAGAUACAGUGCUCUAAGGACCAAACACACUCAUAAAGAAAGGGGCACAGACUCUGAACACACGCACAAAGCUCAUUUGGUGCCUGAAGGAACCAGCAAAAAGCGUGCAACACGACGGACUUCUAGCACAAAUAGUGCCAAGACUCGUGCCCGAGUGUUGAGCCUGGACAGUGGCACAGUAGCAUGUUUGAAUGACUCAAACAGGUUAAUGGCACCUGAAAGUAUAAAGCCCUUAACCACUUCAAAAUCAGAUCUUGAGGCCAAAGAGGGAGAGGUGCUAGAUGAGCUAUCUUUAUUAGGACGGGCUUCCCAGUUAGAGACAGUCACUCGAUCUAGGAAUAGCUUGCCAAACCAGGUUGCAUUUCCUGAAGGGGAAGAGCAAGAUGCAGUCAGUGGAGUCUGUCUUGAUGCAGCAGCACAAGCCAGCGAGGAGGCAGUGUCAUUUCGCCGUGAACGCAGCACAUUUAGGCGCCAGGCAGUACGGCGCCGGCACAAUGCAGGGAGUAACCCUACCCCUCCUACAUUGCUCAUCGGAUCACCCCUAAGCCUUCAAGAUGGUCAGCAAGGCCAGCAGUCCACAGCCCAGGUCAAAGUCCAGUCCCGCCCCCCUUCCCAGGCUGCAAUGCUCAGUGCUAGUGCCUCCUUGCUGGUGAGAAAUGGGAGUGUCCACUUAGAAGCAUCACAUGACAAUGCAUCUGCUGUAGGCGGUAGCAGUUUGCACGAUGAACUUGGUAAGUUCUCUUCUACGCUGUAUGAGACUGGUGGCUGUGAUAUGUCACUUGUGAAUUUUGAACCAGCAGCAAGAAGAGCAUCCAAUAUCUGUGACACAGAUUCUCAUGUAUCCAGUUCUACCUCAGUUCGAUUUUAUCCACAUGAUGUGCUCUCUCUCCCACAGAUUCGAUUGAAUAGACUAUUGACCAUUGAUACAGAUUUGUUGGAGCAACAGGACAUUGAUCUAAGCCCUGACUUGGCAGCUACUUACGGCCCAACAGAAGAAGCUGCCCAAAAGGUUAAACACUAUUAUCGCUUUUGGAUCCUACCCCAGCUGUGGAUCGGCAUUAACUUUGACAGACUCACACUUUUGGCCCUGUUUGAUAGAAAUCGUGAGAUCCUGGAAAAUGUGUUAGCUGUCAUCCUGGCUAUUCUCGUGGCCUUUUUGGGAUCUAUUCUUCUCAUACAAGGAUUCUUCAGAGAUAUCUGGGUCUUCCAGUUCUGCCUCGUCAUAGCCAGCUGUCAAUACUCACUGCUUAAGAGUGUUCAACCAGAUUCUUCUUCUCCCAGACAUGGUCAUAAUCGUAUCAUUGCCUACAGUAGACCAGUUUAUUUCUGCAUAUGUUGCGGUCUUAUUUGGCUCUUGGAUUAUGGUAGCAGAAACCUGACUGCAACCAAGUUCAAAUUAUAUGGAAUAACUUUCACCAAUCCACUGGUGUUUAUAUCAGCCAGGGAUUUAGUUAUAGUGUUUACACUCUGUUUCCCAAUAGUGUUUUUCAUUGGUCUCCUGCCUCAGGUGAAUACAUUUGUAAUGUACCUUUGUGAACAAUUGGAUAUUCAUAUUUUUGGUGGUAAUGCCACUACAAGCCUGCUUGCAGCACUUUACAGUUUUAUCUGUAGCAUUGUUGCAGUAGCCUUAUUGUAUGGAUUAUGUUAUGGGGCUUUAAAGGAUUCUUGGGAUGGCCAGCAUAUUCCAGUACUUUUCUCCAUUUUUUGUGGUUUAUUAGUGGCAGUGUCUUACCAUCUCAGCCGACAAAGCAGUGAUCCAUCUGUACUUUUCUCUUUAGUGCAAUCCAAGAUUUUUCCAAAAACGGAAGAGAAAAAUCCAGAAGACCCUCUAUCUGAAGUAAAAGAUCCACUGCCUGAAAAACUUAGAAAUUCUGUUAGUGAGCGAUUACAGUCUGACCUGGUAGUAUGCAUUGUAAUUGGUGUGCUGUAUUUUGCUAUUCAUGUAAGCACAGUCUUCACAGUAUUGCAGCCUGCCCUCAAGUAUGUGUUGUAUACAUUGGUUGGCUUUGUGGGUUUUGUAACCCAUUAUGUGCUGCCUCAAGUUAGAAAACAGCUACCAUGGCACUGUUUCUCUCAUCCUCUGCUAAAGACACUAGAGUAUAAUCAGUAUGAAGUUCGAAAUGCAGCCACUAUGAUGUGGUUUGAGAAACUUCAUGUGUGGCUUCUUUUUGUGGAGAAGAAUAUAAUCUAUCCAUUGAUUGUUCUCAAUGAACUGAGCAGCAGUGCAGAGACAAUUGCUAGUCCAAAGAAACUGAAUACAGAAUUAGGUGCUUUAAUGAUCACCGUUGCUGGUUUGAAGUUGCUACGAUCCUCCUUUAGCAGCCCUACAUAUCAGUAUGUUACAGUCAUCUUUACUGUGCUGUUUUUCAAAUUUGACUAUGAAGCUUUUUCAGAGACCAUGCUGUUGGAUCUCUUCUUUAUGUCCAUACUCUUCAGCAAGCUUUGGGAACUACUUUAUAAAUUGCAGUUUGUGUAUACCUAUAUUGCCCCGUGGCAGAUCACAUGGGGUUCUGCUUUCCAUGCUUUUGCUCAGCCUUUUGCAGUGCCUCAUUCAGCCAUGCUGUUUAUUCAGGCUGCUGUCUCGGCCUUCUUCUCUACUCCACUGAACCCCUUUCUGGGAAGUGCAAUAUUCAUCACUUCAUAUGUCCGACCUGUGAAAUUCUGGGAGAGAGACUAUAACACAAAACGAGUGGAUCAUUCAAAUACCAGAUUGGCUUCCCAGCUUGAUAGAAAUCCAGGAUCAGAUGACAACAAUCUGAAUUCCAUCUUUUAUGAGCAUUUAACUAGAUCCCUACAACACAGCCUCUGUGGUGAUUUGCUACUAGGACGGUGGGGAAACUACAGUACAGGGGACUGUUUCAUCCUUGCCUCUGACUAUCUCAAUGCAUUAGUACACCUUAUAGAGAUAGGCAAUGGUCUGGUCACUUUUCAGCUGCGGGGACUUGAAUUCAGAGGUACCUACUGUCAACAACGGGAAGUGGAGGCCAUUACUGAAGGUGUAGAGGAAGAUGAAGGAUUUUGCUGUUGUGAACCUGGCCAUAUUCCUCACAUGCUUUCAUUUAAUGCUGCAUUUAGCCAGCGAUGGCUAGCUUGGGAAGUGAUAGUCACAAAGUACAUUCUGGAGGGUUAUAGCAUCACUGAUAAUAGUGCUGCUUCUAUGCUUCAAGUCUUUGAUCUUCGGAAAGUACUCACCACUUACUAUGUCAAGGGUAUCAUUUAUUAUGUUACGACCUCGUCUAAGCUAGAGGAGUGGCUAGCUAAUGAGACAAUGCAGGAAGGACUUCGUCUGUGUGCUGAUCGCAAUUAUGUCGAUGUGGACCCGACCUUUAAUCCAAACAUUGAUGAAGACUAUGACCACCGACUGGCAGGCAUAUCUAGGGAGAGUUUCUGUGUGAUUUACCUCAACUGGAUAGAGUACUGCUCUUCCCGAAGAGCAAAGCCUGUGGAUGUGGACAAAGAUUCAUCCCUAGUGACUCUCUGUUAUGGACUCUGUGUUCUGGGACGGAGAGCUUUGGGGACUGCAUCCCAUCAUAUGUCCAGUAAUUUAGAGUCAUUCCUCUAUGGAUUGCAUGCCCUAUUUAAAGGAGAUUUCCGUAUUUCUUCAAUUCGAGAUGAAUGGAUCUUUGCUGACAUGGAAUUGCUAAGAAAAGUAGUAGUCCCUGGGAUCCGUAUGUCCAUUAAACUUCAUCAGGAUCAUUUUACUUCUCCAGAUGAAUAUGAUGACCCUACUGUGCUCUAUGAAGCCAUAGUAUCUCAUGAGAAGAACCUCGUAAUAGCCCAUGAAGGGGACCCUGCAUGGCGGAGUGCAGUACUUGCCAACUCUCCCUCCUUGCUUGCUCUGCGGCAUGUCAUGGAUGAUGGCACCAAUGAAUAUAAAAUCAUCAUGCUCAACAGACGCUACCUGAGCUUCAGGGUCAUUAAAGUGAAUAAGGAAUGUGUCCGAGGUCUUUGGGCAGGGCAACAGCAGGAGCUUGUUUUUCUACGUAACCGUAACCCAGAGAGAGGUAGCAUCCAAAAUGCAAAGCAAGCCCUGAGAAACAUGAUAAACUCAUCUUGUGAUCAACCUAUUGGCUACCCAAUCUUUGUCUCACCCCUGACAACUUCUUACUCUGACAGCCACGAACAGCUUAAAGACAUUCUUGGGGGUCCUAUCAGCUUGGGAAAUAUCAGGAACUUCAUAGUGUCAACCUGGCACAGGCUUAGGAAAGGUUGCGGAGCUGGAUGUAACAGUGGUGGCAAUAUUGAAGAUUCUGAUACUGGAGGUGGGACUUCCUGCACUGGUAACAAUGCAACAACUGCCAACAAUCCCCACAGCAACGUGACCCAGGGAAGCAUUGGAAAUCCUGGGCAGGGAUCAGGAACUGGACUCCACCCACCUGUCACAUCUUAUCCUCCAACACUAGGCACUAGCCACAGCUCUCACUCUGUGCAGUCGGGCCUGGUCAGACAGUCUCCUGCCCGGGCCUCAGUAGCCAGCCAGUCUUCCUACUGCUAUAGCAGCCGGCAUUCAUCCCUCCGGAUGUCCACCACUGGGUUUGUGCCUUGUCGGCGCUCUUCUACUAGUCAGAUAUCGCUUCGAAACUUGCCAUCAUCCAUCCAAUCCCGACUGUCGAUGGUGAACCAAAUGGAACCCUCAGGUCAGAGCGGCCUGGCCUGUGUGCAGCACGGCCUGCCUUCCUCCAGCAGCUCCAGCCAAAGCAUCCCAGCCUGCAAACAUCACACUCUCGUGGGCUUUCUUGCGACAGAGGGAGGUCAGAGCAGUGCCACUGAUGCACAGCCAGGCAACACCUUAAGUCCUGCCAACAAUUCACACUCCAGAAAGGCAGAAGUGAUUUACAGAGUCCAAAUUGUGGAUCCCAGUCAAAUUCUGGAAGGGAUCAACCUGUCUAAAAGGAAAGAGCUACAGUGGCCUGAUGAAGGAAUCCGGUUAAAAGCUGGGAGAAAUAGCUGGAAAGACUGGAGUCCGCAGGAGGGCAUGGAAGGCCAUGUGAUUCACCGAUGGGUGCCUUGCAGCAGAGAUCCAGGUACUAGAUCCCACAUCGACAAGGCAGUGCUUCUGGUCCAGAUUGAUGAUAAAUAUGUGACUGUAAUUGAAACUGGGGUACUAGAACUUGGGGCUGAAGUGUGAGCCAGUGUUUAUUAUAAAGACAUUUCUUUUUCCCUCUCAAUUCCAAGGCAUUGGAAAAAGAGAGGAACGAGCAGAAGAUGCCUGCAGGUAUCACUUUGAUCCUAUGUGGGAGCGACUGAAAAUAGAAUGAGCUUGGUUAAGCACCUCUCCUUUGCCCUUCACCCUGACUCCUGUCACUGUCUCCAUCCCCAAAUAAAGCUGAAAUAUUUUUUUAAGUUA